AUGAACAACCACGUGAAGCGCCACCGUUCAUCAUUGGAACGUUUCAAAUGUGAAAACGAGAUUGAGCCCUAUUAUUGUAAAGACUGCGAUUUUAAAUCGGAACUAUCGAUUGUGUUCAAACGACACAUCGAUGAAUAUCACGGUUUUAAAAGAGAAUCUGGGGGUGAGGAUUUCCACAUACCAGUCUACGUUUGCGAAAAAUGCGACUUUGAAACGUAUUUGUCAUUAAUGUGGCUUCGGCACACUUCAACCUGCACCGGAAAGCAACUAAAUCAUCAGACAGACGAACCAAGUUGGUAUUACUGUUCAGAAUGUCCCUAUAAAAGUAACGUCAAAAGGAAUUUGAAAAUUCACGUAACAGAGCUCCAUUUAGAUAAACGGUACGCAUGUGACAAGUGUCCCUAUAAAAGUACGCGUAAAGAAUGUCUAAAAAAGCACGUAAAUCGUAUCCAUUUAGACGAUGAAGACGCCGAAUGGUACAAAUGUGACCAAUGCCCGUUUAAAACCAGAGCACGAUGUAAUUUGAAAAACCACAUAAAUGGGUUACACUUGGACGACAAAGAGGUUAGGUGGUACGAAUGCAAACAGUGUCCGUUCAAAAGCAAGUACGAAAAAUCGGUGCGGGCACACAUAACCGCGAAACAUCUAGACGAAGAAAAAGUUAAGUGGUAUCAGUGUGAACAUUGUCCAUUUAAAAGUAAGUGGUUGUUGAAUUUAAAAAAGCACGUAAUUUCGCUGCAUUUGGACGAUAACGAAGUUAAGUGGUACGAGUGUACAGAGUGUUCUUUCAAAGCUAAAUUUCCUGAAAAUCUACGGAAACAUAUACAUUGUGCGCAUUCACAAACGACGAAACUGUUUGAAUGUGCGCAUUGUUCGUAUAAAAGUAAAACGAAAAAGAAUUUUAACAGGCAUGUGAAUGUUCACUUGGAGGUUAAAUCGUUCGAGUGUGAAUAUUGUCCAUAUAAGGGUAAACGCAGCGAGGAUUUAAAGUUUCAUAUGAAUUCCAAACAUUUGGAUGGAGAGGAUGUUAAGUGGUACAAGUGCGAACACUGUCCUUACAAAGCGAAAAAUAAAACAUCGUUUUAUCUACAUAGAAAAAAACAUGUAUAA